UUGAGCCCGUGUUACGUACUCAGCGUACACUUUCAAAGAUGGCGGCCAAACCCUUUGCUGUGUGCAUUUUGAGUGGGAAAAGGAAAUCCGGGAAAGACUAUGUUGCUGAAAGACUUAAAAUACUCUUAGGGAAAAGCAACUGUGAAAUAUUACGGCUAUCAGGGCCGCUUAAAAGAGAAUACGCUAGAAUUCAUAAACUAGACUAUCAAAAGCUUUUAGAUUCGUCGGAUUACAAAGAGAAGUAUCGAAAAGACAUGAUAAAAUGGGGCGAGGAAAAACGGAACGCGGAACCUUACUGUUUCUGUGAACUGGCUGCUAAAAUGGCAUACAGAGAUGCGCAGUCCGAGACCAAAUUAUACUGGCUUGUGUCUGAUGCUAGACGAAUCACAGAUUUGCAAUUCUUUCAACAACAUUACCCACGUGUUGUUCACGUUCGCGUGACAGCUAGUGACGAUGUGCGCAUGCGUCGAGGCUGGAUGUUCACCAAUGGUGUUGAUGAUGCAGAGUCGGAAUGCGGCCUUGAUGACGUCAUUUUCGAUGUAGCUAUUAUAAAUAAUGGGGAUAAUGAACAAUUGGAAAACUCACUUGCCUCCCUCAAAGAUAAGCUAACUGCUUAAAGUAACCUUACAGCCUGAAGAAUGGUGCUUGCACGUUUUGUACUGUUUUUUAUGUUUCGAGAGUAAUUUCUCAAAAUUCCAAAUUUGUUUACACAGUCCCAUUCCAAUUGAAGUCAUAACAAGUUAAUGCCAUAAUCUUCACACCCAGAGUCCACACCUCAUAACCUAGGAGCAAGAUACCCUGGUGAGAGCAGGUCACAUGGCACCCAUUUUUAUAGAAACUUCAUAUAGGGGAGGGGACCAAGGGAAAAAAAAAAGAGAAUAUGUAUCCAACUUGAGAAAAAAACAGUUAAGGUUCAUAAGCGUUUAUCAGUCUUGAAAAAUAUAACAGCACAAUAACAUACCUGUCAGCCUCCGAGAAUCUCAAGGCUUGAGAAGGGGGGUGGGGUAUAUUCAUUUUUUUGGGGGAGGGAAGGGUAAACCUCGCAGGCAUUUGCCGUAUAGAAAGCUCUCUUGUGAACAAAUCCACUAAUCUCACGAGGGUGUUAGAUAAAUUGCGUUGCGCAAGGGAAUUAUUAUUUUAAAUACUUUAAUAGAAAAUAGGCAAAAUGACGUUUUUCUAUAGAAUAAUUUCUCAGAAGUGCUAACAAGGCUAAAAAGCGGGAGAUUUUGUGCUAAACGCGGGAGAAGGGGUCCAAAAUCUUGAGACUCCCGCCUAAUGCGGGAGAGUUGACAGGUAUGCGAUAAGCCCAAGUGUGAUUACUUUUAAUUAAUCACAUAAUUUUGGUCCCCUUAACCAAUCAUGUAUGGCACACGAUCACCAAGAAAGAGCUGAGAAAUCUACAUUAGCUGAAGGACAGAGUGGGCUUUACAAAGAUCAAAGUUGGGGGAAUAAACAAAAAAACUACCAAAUUCCUAACUGCCUUAGUUUUCACAUUUAUUAGAGACUGCUACGAUUUAGUUGUGGUAGGGGAACUUCAAGUUUCCUUUUCCCCAGUAGUCAUAACGAUCCAACAAUACAACACAAAUUGAAUAACAUUUCAAAAUUCAUUUUAUAUUUAUUUUAUUCUUACCUGGAGGUGGGAAUCUCCCCAUGAAUUUCCUUCUGUCUCAGUUUCUUAAUUUUUUUUGACAUUACGAUGAGUUGUGAGACUUUGCAGUAUUUACUGUUAUCGAAUACUCAAAUUCAAAUGUCUGGCCAGGGCUGCCACGCUAUUUUGUGAGUCAAGAGGUCAUCACUCUCAUUUCCCAGCGUGCACGCGUAGUGAAAUUUGGAUUGGAAUCCGGGAAAGAAUGCAAAAUAAAGCUGGCAAUUGAAUUCUACCAUUGCAAAAGCAUUGAAUUUACAGCCCUAAUCUGUAAAAACUUCGAAAGCCAGAGUGUUAGAAUGAGCUGUAACAGUGUUUACAUUCCAAUGUUACCGCUCCCAGUUCCCGUCCAGUAGAUAUUUCUUUUAGCAAUUCAGCGAUUUCUUAUUUUCUCCUAGCACAACCAAAUUGUAGCAGCCCCUAGUAAAUGUGAAAACUAAGGUGGUCCUAUUGGGAAUUUUUUCGUUUAUCCCUCCAUACGCUGCUAGCUAACGUAUGUUAUAUUUCCCAGCUCUUUCUGGGCCAAUUGCUUGCCAGCUAGGCUGUAUGUGAUUGCUCAAGGGGACCGAAAGUAUGCAAAUAGUUGGUCAUACUUGGACUCUUCGUGCUGUAAGAGACAAGAAGUUGAUUUGAAAAGCCCUUUUAGACCAACUUUGAUAAGACAACAAUUUGAUUCUUGGUUAACACUAAUCAACUACUGAAGAUAAUAAAACCAAAUUUUUGUCAGAAUUUAUCUUGAUUUUUUGAAAAAAACUGCUCAAUUUUCUAUCCAACUGGCAAACAAAUUCCUAAGGGAUAGGGUUUCUGGAUUUCAAAUAAUACACAAUACAGUGUACAUAUACUUAAACCAAAUGUGGGCAAGUUAAGCAUAACAAUGACUUUUUGUCAACAGUUGGAAAACUACAGUAGAGACUAGAGAAACAUUAACAGCCUAUAAUAGUUGUAUCAUUCUGCACAUAGUGCUAUGCUCUGCAAUACUCAUUGGUUAGAAUUAGGCUUUUAAACAAGGCUAAAGGAGAUAACUAUCUAACAAGGACUGUAGUAAGAAAUAUUAAAAUUCAUGGAAAAUACAUGAAAUUACACAAUACUCUAUGAUCACUCG